AUGAAUGAGAGACCACUUUAAACUGCCGUGCCAUGCCUGCGGCAAUAUUGGGUUCGCGGACGGAGGGGAUGGUUUCUUCUACUGUACUCGAUGCGGAUCCCAAACCGAAGACAUAGUCGACACUGCAGUUGCCGAAGAAGACCUAAUCAUGGACAAAACUGCAGACGGCGGCGGCGGAGGUAUAUACCUUCACAGCCACCGCCGCCAAAAGUCUUCCCAGGUUCAGAUCAAGACCGAAUACAUGUCCCAACCCCAAUCCCAGUUUUGGGCGUCCCUUAGAGACGGAGAAGACGAGCCGCCGCCGUCCAUGAGCGGUAGGGUGAAGACAGAGCCAGAGGAUUACUACUACGAUGGAGAUGGAAUGGGACCUACCGAACCAGAAGAUUUUGGAUCCAGGGCUCUUACACACGACGAUUUCUACACAGAGAUUCGAAUGAGGUAUGUUAUGGGGAUUCAAAUUAUGAUCCAAAUGCAGUGUAAGGCUUUAGUUCAGAAAUUCAAAGUCAGCCCUUUGAUUUGUGGGUUUUCCGGCUCCUUGUUCAUGCGUUUCGUCUUGUCCACUGGUGUUUUCUCAGAUGAAUGGGCUGAUGAAGCCAUUCUCGAAUCUGAAUCGCAGAAAGAAGGGCUAGAAGAUGAGAUUAAGCCUAGAGUAAAGUUUAGGGGCGAGCCUCACAACAUACACGGGAAGCGAGCUGUUAUGAUUUGGUUCAGAUCAGUGAGCAAGAAAAUACCCGUGUCCUAUUCACUGGCGAUAACUUAUCUCGUUUGUCAUUUGGCUCGAGAGGCAAUCCUUCCAACCGAUAUUUCUAAAUGGGCACUUGAAGGAAAUAUCCCAUAUUACGCAGCUUACAUUGAAAUCCAGAAACAAAUCGGUCCUCCAAUCGCUGCGUGUCCGAUUAGUACAUCUUUUAUGUUUCGCCCAGACCAAGCGGUUAACUUACAGAAGUUAGAAUCCGUGGCAGCAUUAAUUGCACAAACUAUAGGCUUGGAGUUACCACCGGUGAACUUUUACGCCAUAGCUUCUCGUUACCUGACAAUGCUGUCCCUUCCAAUUGGAAAAAUUCUCCCAGCUGUGUGUCGGAUUUACGAAUGGUCAAUGCCACAUGAGCUUUGGCUUUCAGCAAACGAGUUUAGACUUCCUACUCGAGUUUAUGUGAUGUCCAUGGUUAUUGUUGCUGUAAGAAUUCUAUUCAAUUUAAAUGGUUUUGGUGUAUGGGAGAAGAGUCUGACUCGUCGAAAUGGUAUUGAAGAUUCAAACACUGAUUCUUCGAAUACCACAGAUGAUUAUGAGGCUGCAGAGAUUCUCAAAGCUCUUGAAGCUCGCUACAAGGAGCUUCAAGAUCCAUAUGAGUACUCCAAGGAUUUGCCCGCAUAUCUCAACCACUGCAAGAAUGUCCUUUUUGCUGGUGUAGGACCAUCGUUUGAUAAUCGCGAAGAAGAAAGAUUAAUAGAGGAUUUAUGGGAUAUUUACCAGAACCUAAAUGAUGAUUGUAAGUUAUCAGAAGACGAGAAAGUGAAUAUCAUCGGUAGUGCGCCUGUUAGAAAACCUACGCACGAGGAAACUGUUGUUGUAACAAAUGACAAUCCACUAGAACACGACGAUAAAGAAGAUGAAGAAGAAGAAGAAGAAGAAAGCAUUCGACGGUUGAAGUUGAACAUGUCAGAAAACAGAUUCUGUUAUAUCCCACCAAGGGUUAAAGUGAAGAGGCUCGAUUAUCUUCAAUACGAGAGGAAGAGGAGUAAAGGACAUUUCACUUACGUUGCACACGCUGAUUACUAUAUCGUGCUGCGUUGUUGUGCACGUCUGGCUAAAGUAGAUGUUAGGAUUUUGCAUACUGGUGUUAUGAGCUUUGAGAGACGGUUAGGUUGGCUUGAAAAGAGAAUUGACCGCUGUCUGCAAGACGGACCAACUGAUGCUGAAACUUGUGACUUGUCCCCCAAUGAGUUAAAUGAAGAUGAUUGAUGAAAACUGAUUUAUAUGUACAUGUGUGUAGAUAAUGUAACACAUUUGAAAAUUUAAAAGAUUUGUAAAAUUAGAUUCACCCCAAGUUACUUU